AUGAGGUUGAAGAAGCACCGCCUAAUGAGGAGGAAGAAGAACCGAGUGAGAAAUUCUCCCAGAGCUAUAUCUCCGGCGAAUCAACGGAGGAUUCGUUUUCCCCUUUUCUUCCUCUGGGGUCUCUUUCGUCGUCGUCGUCAUCUUACUCUUUCUUCCAGAGCAAACCGAACUCGGAAAACCAAACCCAAAGGCUCAAGGAAAGUCGAUAGAUUGAGCCAUCUAUCGGACGAUUUGCUAUCUCGGAUUGUUUCAGAGCUCUCUACCAAGGAGUCAAUUCGCUUCACAUCUUUGUCAAAAAGAUGGAGAGACAUCUGGUUAAGUGUUCCUGCUCUUGAUUUGGAUUUUCGUGAUUUUGAGGAUGAGUACUAUCUUUUCGAUUUCAUCGACAAGUUUCUGGAGCUGAGCGGAGAUCGAGAUGUGAAGAGGUUUAAGCUUAUAUAUGAUGCUAAUGAGCAUGACCAUGACGCGUUUGUAUCAAGGAUCGAUGGUGUGGUGAAACGCAGAGUUUGCAGUCUCACGAUUCUGAAUCGGAUAGAUGCUGAGGACGAGCUAGUUAGAUUGCCUGUCUCGCUUUAUUCCUGUGCUACAUUGGUGAACUUGACUCUCUACUGUGUUGUCUUUGAUGCUCCCCGAUCGAAAUUGAUUUCAUUGCCAUGUGUGAAGACUAUUCACCUAGAGGCGGUCAAGUUUGAUGGACCUACGAUUCUGGAGACUCUCAUUUCUAGCUGUUUUGUUUUAGAGGAGCUAACAAUAGUCACACAGCCUGAGGAUGAGCUGGGAGAGGUUGUACGUGUGUGCUCUAAGUCACUGAAAAGUUUCAAUUUAGAGUCUCUGCGUGAAGAACUUGAAGGUGAAGAAUCUGUUGAUCGUGAUGUUGAAAUAGAUGCUCCGAAGCUUGAGUAUAUGAGUAUUAGAACAUACCAGUGUGGAAGUUUCAUAAUAAAGCAUAUUGGGGUCUCUGCAAAGGUUCACCUCGAUCUUAAGCUUGAUGUGGAGUAUGAUGAUCCAUCGGAGAGAACAAUGAUGAGUGAAUUUCUCAGUGCGAUAUCCACAGUCCGUGACAUGAUCAUCUCUGCACCAACUCUAAAGUUCAUUCGUGGAUACUCUGAGUUUGAACCGCUGCCUCAGUUUUCUCACUUGUCUCACUUGGAAGCUUCUUUCCCCAAACCUUCUCGGGAGUUCUUGCCAAGUCUUCUUGAUUGCUGUCCGAAUUUACAGUCCCUUGUGCUGGAAUACGACUCACUUUCAGAAACAGAUGAGAUGAAAUUUUUCAAAGUUCCUCUAUGUUUCCAAUCAUCACUCGAGUUUGUGGAGUUGAAGACACCAGCAACAAUCAUGGAGACAUCAACCAAAAUGAAGCUUCCUAUCUACUUCAUUAGAAACUGUUCGGUCUUGAAGAAGCUAGUGGUUAGUGAAGGUUCCGACAACAUCAUCAGAAAAAUCAAAAAGAUUCCGAAACGUUCUCGAAGGUGUGAAGUUGUGGUGGCAAAGCAAAACUACAAGGCAGUCGCUGAAACAUAUAGUUUAUCAUCGGCUAUGUACUAA